UUUCCAAUCCGUAGGCACAGCCCACAGGAAAGAAAUAAUUGAUGUAACGCCUUCUCUCUCGUCUCGUCGCUUCUCCCUCAAGAUUUCCGUUCGUGCAAUCCCUCAACCUCGAACUGUUCUUCAAUUCCCUCAAAUCCGGUCGGUAGACGCGAACCUACGGUGAGAAAGCAAAGCGAUUCGCCGCCGUCUCGGUAAUUCUUGCCGUUGUAGCUGGUGAAGAGUUGUUGAUGAUUGGCGAAUCGUGACAGAGAGAAAUGGCAGGGAAGAUGAGGAGAAGCGAGGCGGGAAGUAGCAGUGGUAGCAGCAGCAGCAGCGGCAGCGGCAGCAGCCGGGGAGAGACGGUGGUCGUUGAUUGUGGCCGGUGUAAAAGCUCUUGCGGUUACUGCAAAUCUCCCGGUCGCACCAGCAUUAGCCAUGGUCUAUGGGCACACAGCAUUACAGUUGAUGAUUAUCAAGAUCUUCUUGACCAGGGCUGGAGAAGAUCCGGAUGUUUCCUGUACAAACCUGAGAUGGAAAGAACAUGCUGCCCAUCAUAUACUAUCCGUUUGAGGGCAAGUGACUUUGUUCCUUCAAAAGAGCAACAACGUGUCUCUAGAAGAGUGCAAAGGUAUUUUCUCUUUUCAAACAAGUUCUUAGAUGGAAUGCUGGAUGUGAAAAACCCAGUAGAGGCAACAGAUGAUCCAACUAUCUCUAUCAAUACAUGCACAUGUGCCUGUCAUGAAGCGUCAAGCAGUGGAAUGAAGGAUUCACUCUCUGAUCAAAGUGAGGAGAAAAGAAGUUCAGAGCAGAUUGUCAGCUAUUUGUCGGAGCAACUUGACAAGGCAGUGAAUAAGUGCACUGAACAUGGAGGACUUCCUUCUGGCAUCAAACUACCUAAAGCUUCUGUCAAAAAGGUAUCCCAGGGGAAAAGGAAACUACUUGUAGAAGGGGGGAAAGAUCUACUGUACUCGAGCAACAUUGCAUUCCAGAUAGCAGCGACUCUCAAUCGAGCUAAGUCAGCUAAUAAGGAACCAAGUCCUAAUCUUGAAAAUAAUGCCAUAACUGCCAAGGCAAUUGCAGAAACGCUGGUUGCAUCUGUUGAUCAGCUUGCUCAAAGCAGCAGCAGUCUGGCAGUCAGGGCUUGCAAUGGCCAUAUAAAUUUUUAUGGUGCUGCAACACAAUCUCCUACUGAGAGCAGUGAAACUCUCAGUGGGCCUGAAGAAUCUGCAAGAGGGUGUAAAAGAAAAAGUUGCUGUUCAAGGAAGAAUAGUGAACAUUUGCUUGGUAAAAGAAGGAGGCUUGAGGUUCGGUUGAAAAGAUCUAGUUUUGAUCCUGAAGAGUUUGAUUUGUAUAGACGGUAUCAAAUAAACGUGCAUAAUGAUGCACCUGAUCAUGUCACAGAAAGCUCAUACAGGAGGUUUCUCGUCGACUCUCCUCUAGUAUUUGUUCCACCGUCGGGUGACAGCCUCGUUCCUCCUUGUGGGUUUGGUUCUUUCCAUCAGCAAUAUGUAAUCGAUGGUCACCUAAUUGCUGUGGGAGUGAUAGACAUCUUGCCAAAAUGUUUGUCAAGUAAAUAUUUGUUCUGGGAUCCGGACUAUGCCUUCCUGUCUGUAGGCAAGUAUUCUGCCUUGCAAGAAAUCAAUUGGGUGAAAGAGAAUCAAGUACAUUGCCCUAGUCUUCAGCACUAUUAUCUCGGGUAUUAUAUACACUCCUGCAGUAAGAUGAGAUACAAAGCUGCAUAUCGCCCGUCUGAAUUGCUCUGUCCUCUUCGCUACCAAUGGGUUCCAAUUGAUGUGGCAAGUCCUUUGCUUGACAAAAAGCCAUAUGUCGUUCUAUCAGAUUUUGCCCUCUUGCAGAACGGAGAGUCCUUGCUGCCUCAUGUUCCCGAAAAAAUAACGGAUGAGCAGCAACAUGACGAUAAUGUACAUGGAGACUUGAAUGAUAUCCUUGUAGACGACAACGAAGAAAUGGUCGAACCCGAAACUGAGACCUCUGAUGACGAGUCAGGUCCUGAAACCAGUGGGCAUGGAUCAGUUGAGAUAGAGAAUGGUGAUGUUAGUGAGAUUUUAAUCGGAUUGAAGGGUGCUCGUGUAAGGUACCAGGAUUUGCGAGCAGCUUUCGGAGUAAAAGAACAGAAGUACUUGGAAUCCCAGCUGCACAGAUACAAGAGGUCUGUGGGCGCAGAGCUGUCGAAGAGAAUAGUAUAUUCACUUGGAUGAUGUCCCUACUGUCAAACUCCAGCGAGUCUCUCGCCCUCAAAAAACCGAGUUGCUGAAACAACCCCAUGACUUGAUCGUGCCUCUGGUUUUUCUUUCAUGUGGGCAGUGUUGUUCCAGCAAUGGCUGAUAGCUUAGUUCCCCCCAGCCGCAAGGACCAUGUGGUUGGGUAGAUGACAAAGAUGUCAUAUCGAUCUGUUUGUCUUCUGCUGCCUUCUUGGGGAUGUUGCACUUUCCGGUUUCAAAAUCACAGGGACCCGAAUCUUCUCCUUUCUUCUCCCAUUGCAGUUUUCUUGCUCUGCAUCUUGUGCACUAAGAUGAACAUCAGAACAUGUUUUCAAUAAAUAGAGAAGAAGAACUCACAUCUCUGUGUGGUUUUCUGAGUCCAGCUCGUUUCAGCAUGAAAUUUGGCUUCCUACAUUCUCUGUGUUUAUGUUGCUCGUGCAGAAUGUCGUCACACGGUUCUAGAAUCAAAUAGAGAUAUGAUCAAACCAAAAAACAAACACAUUUAGUUGGGAUGAUUUUCUCUUUCAUAUAUCAAUUUGCAUUUUAGUGUUUUACUCUGCCACCUUCUGGCAAUGUGGUUGAGCAGAGAUGGGAGACAUUUGGACUGUGGUCGGACUCUUGGGUCAAAAUGGUCGGCGCCGGUCUUUAAUCGGAUAUUAAAUAAUAAUAAUAACUGUUUGGGUCCA